GACAACUCAUUCAACUGCUGUUCCAUAUCAAGUCCAAUCCAAAUCUCCACCUCUCCAAUUCUACCACGUAUCUACCGAGUACUUCUCCCAAUCCACGAAGAUUUGAUCUUUGAACAGCAUUGAAGAAGCACAAACUCACAAGGCCAUUGAUUGAUAAUUUGAUUUUGAAUAUGGCUUCCUUUCCCAACAUUUGGACUCAUCGUAAGGUGGCCGACACCGCUUCCAAGCCUUGUGAGAUUUGCUAUAAACCUAGUGCAAGUGUUCUGAUAACUCCAGAAAACAAGGACUUCUUUUAUGUAUGCCCAUCCCAUUUGAAGGAUAAAGGAUUUGCUACUCCUAUUGUAGAUGAGGCUGCUAUUGCUGCUAAGAAAAAGAAAGAAAUGGACGACGAGGUCGCACGUGUGAAGCAGGAGUUCGAAGAAAAGCAGAAGAGAAAGAAGGAGAAAGAAAUUUCGAAGAAAGACGAGAAGGAGAAGAAUGGUGAAGACAAAAAGGAUGAAGGGAAGAAAGACGAGAAGAAGACUGAUGAGAAGGAGAAGUCGGACACUCCUGCAUCGCCAGCACCAAGUCCAACACCAGAUGAAGAACCUAGAGUCUUUUCUUUAAAAAAGGCAUUCUAUCAACAGAGACUGGAUAGAAAGAGGCAAGCGGAAGUUGCAAAACGAAAUCGUGAACGCCUCCAAAAUCCGAAUUUAUUUCCUCAAGUCCCUAAAGGCUUACCUUGAGCUGGAUCGACCAUUUUAAACAAUCAACGCUCCUACUGAAGUAGGAGAGAUUCUAGCAGAGCCAUCGUAAUUUCAUCGGUGUUUCUUGUGAUGGAGGUGAUUUUGAAAAGUCACGCAGAAAUAGGAGAUUCGGACCGUACUUGCCAAGAACAUUCGUUCUUACAUCCGCGAGUCAAGGAGGCGCCUUGUUAGUUAGACAUUACCCUCGCGCAACCUUUACUCAUUGUUGAUAUGCUGACUGAGGGAUGCAACACGCGAGUUUGACGGAGUCAUUUGAAAUGCAUCGUAUGUUCAUGAGGUCCUUAUGCUGACUGCAUAGUGAUCGACCCGUUGAGAAGGUGGUCAAUGCAUCUAAGUUGGAGUUGAGCAUGGAUGGGUUGGUAUUCACCGGGGCAGUCCUCCUUGUACUUACUAUCCUUACUAUCCUGUAGACAAAGCCUCAUCGGGUUACUUUUCACGGCAGUCAUCAGGCUAGACCGCGCGGUAUCUUCCUUGCCAGGCAAUCGAGUGAAAGAGUGGUACCAUCCCGCAAUUACCUACCUCGUACAAAACGCCGUGAAGGUACAUACGUGCUUACAUGUUAAAUAAGCUAACCCUGCUUAUCUCAAGCCAUUCUAAGCUUCUUUUACUUCCCUGCAAUAUUUGUUUCCUACAUCCACUAUAGUUCGGUUCGCUUGAAAAUUUCUUGUUAGUGCUUAUUUUCAGCCUUCAAAAUCCUUAGGGGAGGGCACUCACCCCA